GUACGCGUCUGAGAACGGCGAGCAGUCGGUGCUGGAGAACAUGAAAGAGUACCUGAUCACCACCAUCAUGCGCAUCUUCGAGGUGGGCCCCGAGCAGGCCGAGUGCCUCUACCAGGAGCUGAUCGCCUGCACCAGGAACAAGCACUUGAUCACCGUGUUCCGCAUGAGCGACCGGCAGGAGGCUGUGCAGGAGCUGGACCAGACCAUCCUGACGGCGCUGUUCAAGAGCCAGCAUCUGUCGCCGUCCGAGCAGCUGCAGCUGGCGCUCACCUGGAACCGCGUGGACAUCGCGCGCUCCGAGAUCUUCGUGUACGGCCAGGAGUGGCCGCCGGGCGCGCUGGAGGAGGCCAUGAUGCAGGCGCUCGAGCACGACCGCCUGGACUUCGUCAAGCUGCUGCUCGAGAACGGCGUCAGCAUGCGCAAGUUCCUCACCAUCCCCAGGCUGGAGGAGCUGUACAAUUCCAAAAACGGUCCGAGCAACACGCUGGGGUACAUCUUAAGGGACGUGAGGCCGCACAUCCCCAGGGGCUACGUCUACACCCUGCACGACAUCGGGCUCGUCAUCAACAAGCUCAUGGGUGGCGCCUACAGGGCGCACUACACGCGGAGAAAGUUCCGCAUGAUCUACACCAAGGUGAUGAAGAAGUCGCCGCACGUGCAGCGCAACAGCUCGUCCUUCAUCCGCUACGUCGGCAACCAGAACGCGACGCUCAGCCUGCUGGCCGAGACGCUGCCGUCCUCGCCGGACAUGCCUUACUUCGACCACCCCUUCAACGAGCUGCUGACGUGGGCCGUGCUGACCAAGCGCCAGCAGAUGGCGCUGCUCAUGUGGCAGCACGGCGAGGAGGCGCUGGCCAAGGCGCUCGUGGCCGCCAAGCUGUACAAGGCCAUGGCGCACGAGGCGGCCGAAGACGACCUGGAGGCGGAGAUCUACGAGGAGCUGCGCAGCUACGGCAAGGAGUUUGAGAACAUCGCCCUGGAGCUGCUCGACUACUGCUACCGCCAGGACGACGACCAGACGCAGAAGCUGCUGACGUGCGAGCUGCAGAACUGGAGCGGCCAGACGUGCCUCUCGCUGGCCGUGAGCGCCAACCACCGCGCCCUGCUGGCCCAUCCAUGCUCUCAGAUCAUCCUGGCUGACCUGUGGAUGGGCGGCCUGCGCACCAGGAAGAACACGAACCUCAAGGUGAUCCUGGGCCUGCUGUGCCCGGCAUACAUCCCGCAGCUCGAGUUCAAGUCGCGGGAGGAGCUGCAGCUCAUGCCGCAGACGGAGGAGGAGCACCAGCUCGGCCUCGAGGAGGACGAGGAGGAGUCGAUGGAGGGCGGCGCCGGCGGCGGCGGAGGCUCGAGGCCCGGCCCGGUCGCUGGCACGGGCCUCCACCGGAACACGGAGCCGGAUAUCGAGAAAAAGCCAAUCUCUCGAUUGCUCAGUAUGAGAGCGAAGCAGGCUCUUGAGAUGCAGGCUGCUUCUACAAAUAAUAAUCCAAAGGCAAAGGCAAAGAAAAAGGUGCUCAUCAUGGACCCGGGGCCGAGGGAGUCGGUGGUCAACGAGAACGGCAAGGUGACCCUCGACGACGGCACGACCAACCCCCUCCUCCAGUUCCCUUACGACUUCUACGACAUCAAGAAGGAGGAGCGGCCGCUCAAGCUGCGCAAGAAGCUGUACGAGUUCUACACGGCGCCCAUCAGCAAGUUCUGGGGCCACUCUAUCGCGUACAUGGUGUUCCUGUACACGUUCAGUUACGUGGUCCUCGUCCGCAUGCCCUCCAUGCCGUCCUGGCCCGAGCUAUACGUCAUCGGCUACAUCACGGCCUUCGGCUUCGAGAAGAUCCGUGAACUCCUCUCCGCCGAACCCGUGGGGCUAAGGCACAAGCUGGCGGUGUGGGCGUGGAACAUGUGGAACCCGUGCGACAUCGUGGUGGUGCUGUUCUUCCUGUCGGGGCUGGUGCUGCGCCUCCAGAGCGCCCUCAUGUCCACCGGGAGGCUGCUAUUCUGCGUGGACAUCAUCUACUGGUACCUCCGGAUAUUCACCAUCCUCAGCGUCAACAAGUACCUCGGACCCCUGGUGACCAUGAUGGACAAGAUGGUCAAGAACAUGAUCUACUUCGUGGUGCUGCUGCUCGUGGUGCUCGUGAGCUUCGGGGUGUGCCGGCAGGCCAUCCUGUUCCCGGACAACGAGGCCAGCUGGGACCUCGUCAAGGACAUCUUCUUCCAGCCCUACUUCAUGUUGUACGGCGAGGUGUUCGCGGACGCCAUCGACCCGCCGUGCGGCGGCAAGGACAUGCCCCCGUGCCAGACAGGCCGCUGGGUGAGCCCCGUCGUCAUGUCGCUGUACCUGCUCGUCGCCAACAUCCUCCUCAUCAACCUGCUCAUCGCCGUGUUCAACAACAUCUUCAACGAGGUCAACGCCAUCUCGCACCAGGUCUGGAUGUUCCAGCGCUUCACCGUGGUCAUGGAGUACGAGCAGAAGCCCGUGCUGCCUCCGCCCUUCAUCAUCUUCAGCCACAUCUACAUGCUCGUCAAGUUCCUGCUGCGCAAGGCGCGCGGCCAGCGCUCCGAGACCUACGACAACGGCCUCAAGCUCUUCCUCGAGAACGACGACCUCGAGCGGCUGCAUGACUUUGAGGAGGAGUGCGUGGAGGGCUACUUCCGCGAGAAGGACAUGAAGCUGCAGGUGAGCAUGGAGGAGCGAGUGCGAGCCAUCAACGAGCGCGUCGACCACAUCAGCCAGAAGGUGGAGGACGUGAUCCAGAAGGAGAACGCGCACUCGACGGCCUACCAGAACCUGGAGCUGUACCUGCGCAAGCUCGAGGAGCUGUCGGACCAGACGGUGUCGCACCUGGGCGUCAUCCACCGCUUCAUGGCGACGCAGGGGCGCGACGUGCCGACGCUGCAGCCGCCCGUGUCGUUCGCGACGGCGCUGCGGGGCUCCAACCAGGAGGUACAGCAGGCCGGCCUCCAGGGCAGCCCCGGCGACCGGCUGCGGCGCUUCAGCGAGCGCUCCGAGGUGGAGGGCCAGCCGAGCAGGGAGGCGCGCGGCGCGUCCGAGACCUCGGGCUCCGCGACGGAGCUGGCGGCGGCCGGGGCGGCGCUGGGCCCGCUGGGGCCCUCCCUGGGCGCGCCCCUCGGAGCGCCCCUCGGGCUCGCCCUCGGGCCUGCCUUCCCCCGCCGCCGCCCCGUGCGCUCCUGGACCGAGGUGCGGUCCGAGCGCCCCGACAACAACGUGUUCGAGCCGCCCAAGCAGUGCGUGCUCGUGGAGGAGGGCGAGGGCCACGAGGACGACGACUCGUUCGAGUCGGACCUGGACGACCUGGCCACGAUGCAGGCCCCGCCGCCGCUCGGCACGUCCUCGCCGUACGCGGGCGCGACGAGCUCGAUGGGCACGGCGGGCCCGACGCGGCCCCUGCGGGUGCGGCGGACCAGCGAGACGGAGCGCGUCCGGCGGCGCCGCGGCCGCGAGCGCAGCCAGUCGCUGGGCGGCGACGACCUGGACCGGAACACGGAGAGCGAGCUGGAGACGCGCUUCAUGCGAACGCAGUCGCAGUCGGACGGGUCGGCACUGCCGCCGGCCUAUUUCGCUUCCAAGCGCCAGCUCAGCCAGACGCACUCGGAGCCCGAGGGCUCGGAGGCCGGGCUGGCCGCGGGGCUGGCCCAGGGCGGCGUCGGCGCUGGCGGGGCCGGCGGCAGCGGCUCGGGGCUGCUGCUGGCCGGCAGGGUCGGCAGCUCCAGCUCGGCCGUCCUGCUGGAGGACGCCGGCGCCGCCCCCUGCGUCACCUGGGACAAGCAGGCCCGCGUCAUGGUGCUCCCCGCAGCACGCGCCGCCCUACGCACCAUGCACACCGAGUACACCAGAUUCAGAAAUCAAUAUGGUCCCGGACGAGGUUUGUGCAUCACCGACGAGCUCGAGACCGUCUGCGGCCUGCUGUCGCCCUCCCGCACCGAGACCCUGUCGCUGGCGGACGCCGGCCACCACCGCGUCAGGCACGCGUCCGAGAUGUCCAACCCGGACAUGGCCAGGUUCCUGGAGAAGGAGACGCUGCGCGACGCCGAGGAGAGCGACUACCAGCUCAUGAGCCACCUCAUCCAGCACAGGUACCACGGCGACGACGAGAGUGAGCACGCCCGCCAGCUGGACCGCGAGCGCUUUGGCAACAAUGCCUUCUUCCUCACCGUGACGGACGAGACGGUGCUGGACCCCGGGGCCGGGGUCGGGGCCGGCAACGGGUCCGGGACCGGGGCGGCGACGGCGACAACGCGCGCGCCCGGCGACACCCCCGUGCGGCCCCUGCUCCGGAGCACGGCCAUCGAGGGCGGCGACGCGGGUGCGGCCACGCCCGACACCAUCACGCCGGUGUCCUCGCCCGUGGCCUCGUCGCCGACGGCGCCCACCACCACCGCCAUCGUCCACAAGCCGGGCGGCGGCCGCGGCGGCGCGCCGCCGUCGUCCUCGUCGUCGUCGUCCUCGUCCAGCGUGAGCAGCUUCCCGUACGGCAACACCGAGACCCUGUGUUGAGGAGGAGACGACUAGCUUUAUUAUUAUUUUUUGGCUGUGAGUUGAGUAGGAGAGUUCAAGGGAUUUGCCGUGAGUAUCUCGUCGUGUUGGCUCUCGAUUUCAAUUCUGUCUUUCCCUUUUGCUCCCUCACAUUGUUCUCGUCAUAUCCAAGCUUGUCUUAAAUGUGUAAAAUGUCUUCCAGGGGAAUUGUUUACUUUAUUUAUUUUGCCCUUUGACAAUGAGCUUGUGUUGUGAAUCUCUUUGGCCAACCAAGUAACUCAGCUCAUGUUAAAUGUUUACUAGGAUUUUAAAAGUUAUGAGGUCGGAAAGCUAAAGUUGUUUGGAGGUAAUUGGGAAAUAGGAAAGAGACGGGCUUAAAAGAAAUUGGGGAAGGGGAGGGGGGGCUGAUAUACCUUCUAAAUGCAAGGUAAAGUUCUAAUUGAAAAUAAUUUUGAACUCUCAGUGUUGUCUUUCUCUAAAUUUUAUUCUUGAAGUUUUUACUUCGUUUUUGUUUUAAUUUAUGUUAUCUGUGCUGGCACAAUAUCUCAAAUAUUUUUCCCAACAUGGCCUAACUAUACUUAAUUCUUAACGAAUGAUUUAACAAAUGAUUAUAGUCUGACAUCUAAUUUUUUCAUUUUCUCCAUGUGUCAACUUUUCAAAAAUCCCUAUGAUGGCCUACUAGUCUUCAUAAUGACUAUCAUAUCCUUAAUUAAUCAGGCUACUAUCACUGUAGACCAAAUUUAUUUACUUUAAUGAUGUGUAAGUUAUUACUACCUGGAGUGCUGUGUAGAUUGGGCAAAUUUCAGGUAAUACAAUAUUCCAUAUCACAUUUACCUAUAUUAUGGACGUUGUCUGUUAUUUCUUUACAAUCUUUUGGGAAAGACAAUAUAGCUUAUGCCUAGUCAGAUGAAGUUCAUUUUUGUGUGUCUCUAUCAUAUUCAUCAGAAAGUAUAUAUCAUGUUACAUAUAUAGUUAUUUAAAUUUUUAUUCUUGUCUUUGUAUCAUUUUUUCUCUGAAGCAGACUCUUUUGUAAACACGCUUUGUGGCAAGUAAAAAUCUUACUUGUUUUUAACCUUCUGUUUCAUCAAGAAUUGUCAAAACUCAUCCCUCUUACUGGACAAUUAAUAAGUGUAUGGCUGGUUCAUAAUAUUCGUGUACUGUCAGGUGUUAUUCACCUGAAUCUUGUCCUACGAACUCUUGUUACGUAUCUGUUUGCAAAUGAAGUUUUCACCAAAAGUGUUAAAUUUUUAAAGAUUAACCAUUAACUGUGCAUCUAUGUGUAUGAGUGAGCCCUGUAGAAUAGGAAUUGGCUGUGAAUACAUCAGUUAUAGGUUGUUAGUUGUGCAUGAUGUUCUAUGAAUGUGAUUCUGGCCUUAAACUCUUAAUUAUUGGAAACAAAGCUGUCACAUGUCUUCUUUAUAAAAUGUCAGCCAUCUUACAGCAGCUACAUUUGUUUCCUUCACUUGGAGUGCUAUGCUUAUGAGUUCAGUAAUUUGUGAUAAUGGUCUUAAAAGACAGAAUUUAUUUCAUACAAGAGUGCAGAUAGGUAGUUACAUUUUCAAAAAAAGAAAUUCAGUUAAGUGGUUCAUGAGUGAAAUUGCUGAUGUCUUGUUUUGAGGGGUUCCAAAGUUACGGUGCUUUUUGUAUCUAAUUGUUCUCCUAAACAAAGCUCUUGUUCAAUGUGCCAUAUCUUAUUGACAGCAACUGUGCUACUUGGUGAGCAUAGGCUGUAAUACGCAAGUGUCCUUUAAAUAAGCUUCAUCAAUCUGGACUCCCGUUAAUUCAAGUACAGUACUAUAAUUAGUACUGUUAUUCAUUUACAGAUUAGUGCCAAAUAAGUAACAUAGAGUGUCUUAUGAUACUCUUAAAAGGUUUUUGAAAGACGGAGUCCGAUCACCUCAAAAUUUAUUGUUCUCAAUGUUUGUACAAUUAAUUCUUGUACCUGUUAAGUACAUGCCAUAAUUCAAGUAUGGUUGUGAGUUUGUUUUUAUCAUUUUUUUUCCAUAUCAACUUGCAUUGUGUUUUCAUAAAUAUGUAUUCGUAAACUUUUGUCUGGGGUGUCUUCCGUAUUACGUUUUUAAAAAUAAGGAUUUACAAGGAUUGCAUAAAUAUCCAUUAAAUUUGGUUAACAGUGCCAUAUCCUUCAUUGUUUUUAAUAAGUUUCUGACUUAAUGUAUUGUUUACAAGGCAGGAAGUGUUGCUGGCAAUAUUAAUAUUGUAGGUAUUCAAUUAAUGUUUAUACCGCUUUUUUAAAAGGUAGUGUUUGGUUCAAUCUACCCUUUUCAUAUCAGCAGUUUUAUGUUCCUUGUAAAUGAAAUGUUUUUACUGUAGAUAUAUUUACUGUGUGAAUCAUGAAAUAUUGAUUAUCAUUUGAAUACUAUCUCUACUGCGAUCAUCAAUAUCACUAAGCUCCCUUAUCUAUGUAUAUCCUUUAUCAUAGAUACUAGAUAUUUUUCAUGUCAACACUACAGAUUUUGUCCUUGUACUGUCUGAGAGCUCAACAUAAUACUAUCAGUAUUUAAAUUUUAAGCAAAUAUUAUACAAUGUGAUUUCAGUCAGACUUUUAUUGAUCUGAAUCCACAAAAAUCCCAGCAUCAGUUUGUGAGAAAUCUCUGACCUCUUGUUAUUUAUCGAUAAAACGCUGAGUUCUGUCUGAAUGAAAUAUAUUGAAUUCCUUAAUCCAUACUUCUGAAUGAUCAUGUGUGAUCUGUGAUUAAGUUGGUGUAGCUUUAAGUUGUUCCCAUGGUCAGUCAUUUUAGUUUUGUAAGUGACAUAUAUCACGCAUCUGAUCAUUGAAACUAUCACAUGUGCAUCAGUGUGUUAGAUUUUUCUCCUGUAAACAUUUUAUUUAAAUACUUACUGUUAAAGCAGUUGUUGAGAACACUACAGGCGUAUUUAGUUUUGUGAAACUGAAGUAAGCUGCCUGUUUACCUAGCUCUCUCUCUCUCUGUAGCAGCUGACAGAGCUGGAUUUACAAGACCGAAUCCAUUCUGAGAACAUCAUCUUUAUCUACUUGGUACAAACUGGUUCUUAAUGUGUUUGAGGCAAAGACCUUUUAUGACCUGCAUGUAAGAUAUCUUGACUUCUUUUAUGCCUGUCACUGUGUAUUUAUUGAAUGAGACUGUUCUCAAUUGUC